AUGGAAGGGCUUCAGAGGAGCAGAUACGGAACCAUGGCCGAAGGCGGGAUAGAACACCAGGGCUUUGAACCCUCCUCCUCAUUGAGGAUCAUCCUGGUAGGGAAAACAGGCAGCGGGAGAAGUGCCACCGGGAACAGCAUCCUCUGCCAGCCCGUGUUUGAGUCCAAGCUGGGGGCCCAGUCAGUGACCAGGAAGUGUCAGAGGGCAACAGGCACGUGGAAUGGGAGGAGCAUCCUGGUGGUGGACACGCCCCCCAUCUUUGAGGCUGAGGCCCAGGAUCAAGAGGUGUACCAGAACAUUGGAUCCUGCUAUCUGCUGUCAGUGCCAGGGCCCCACGUGCUGCUGCUGGUGACCCAGCUGGGGCGCUUCACCAAGCAGGAUGCGGUGGCCAUGACCAGGGUGAAGGAGGUCUUUGGGGCGGGAGCCGAGAGAUACAUGGUCGUCCUCUUCACCCACAAGGAGGACUUGGCGGGCGGAUCCUUGGAUGAGUACGUGGCAAACACAGACAACCUCAGGCUGAGGAGCCUGGUCCGGGAGUGUGGGCGGAGGUACUGCGCCUUCAACAACCGGGCCUCCGGGGAUGAGCAGAAAGAGCAGCUGGCCCAGCUGAUGGCCGUGAUCGAGGGGCUGGAGCGGGAGCACCAGGGCGCCUUCCUCACCAACGAGCUCUUCUUUGAUGCACAGAUGCUCCAGCAGAUGGGGGGUGGCGCCCAUGGAGAAGGUUACAGGCACUACCUGGACAAGGUACGGCUGCAGGUUGCAAAGCAAAAGCAAGAGCUGAAAGAGACUGAGAGAAACUGUGCCUUCAAGGCGCUCCUCCGACUCAAAGCCUGGAUCGUUUCUCAUGCCAAAAUAUUUGUUCUUCUUGUCCUAUGCCUUUUUAUUUUUCUUGCCAUUGUAAUUAUUUUGUCUAGUACCCAUCAAGGUUGA